AUGAAAAUGUUAGCAAGAUUUGUUCUGGGACUUGUCAUCUUUGAUGCUGCUGUGGCUGCCCCAACUCCAGAGCCCUUCAACUAUGACUCAGAAUCCUAUGAUGCCACCUUGGAAGAUCUGGAAACCUUAUACAAUUAUGAACACCUACCUAUCGAUGAAGCAGAGAUUGAAAGAGUUACAGUGAUGCCUUCUGGGAGCAGAGAGCUCCUUAGUCAGGCCCCCCAUCCAGGAGAGGUCCAGGAGGAGGAAGAGGAGGAGGAAUCCACCCCCAGGCUGAUUGACGGCUCUUCCCUGCAGGAGCCAGAGUUCACAGGGGUUCUGGGUCCCCACACCAACGAAGACUUUCCGACCUGCCUUCUGUGUACCUGUAUAAGCACCACUGUGUACUGUGAUGACCAUGAACUGGAUGCCAUUCCUCCACUGCCCAGGAAGACUGCCUAUUUCUACUCCCGCUUUAACAGAAUUAAAAAGAUCAACAAAAAUGACUUUGCAAGCCUCACUGAUUUAAAAAGGAUUGAUCUCACAUCAAAUUUAAUAUCUGAGAUUGAUGAAGAUGCAUUCCGAAAGCUACCUCAACUGCGAGAGCUUGUCCUGCGAGACAACAGAAUAAGGCAGCUCCCGGAACUGCCAACCACUUUAACAUUUAUUGAUAUCAGCAACAAUAGACUUGGAAGGAAAGGGAUCAAGCAAGAAGCAUUUAAAGAUAUGUAUGAGCUCCACCAUCUCUACCUCACUGAUAACAACUUGGACCACAUUCCUCUGCCACUCCCAGAAAACCUGCGAGCCCUUCAUCUCCAGAAUAAUAACAUUCUGGAGAUGCAUGAAGAUACUUUCUGCAAUGUUAAAAAUCUGACGUACAUUCGGAAGGCACUAGAGGACAUUCGGUUGGACGGAAACCCUAUCAACCUGAGCAGAACUCCUCAAGCCUACAUGUGUCUACCUCGUUUGCCCAUCGGGAGUCUCGUGUGAUUUCAGAUAAUGGCUAGCUAGCAUUAUGAUGCCAACUACAGCAAAAUAAUUUUUUCUGCUUUACUCAGAAACAAAGCUUAACCUGACACUUUCAAAUUGCAUUUCGAAAGCUGUUAUGAUUACACGAAAUGCAACUCAAAAUGUUAUGAUGAAAAUUUAAUAAUUUAAGGAACAUCAGAUCAGGAAUAAACUGAUAACUAUACAGAAAGAGCAAAACUAA